AUGACUGGAACACCAUUAAUUUUGUAUCUUCCAGAAAUCGCCGUGGAAAAGAUAUUUUCCUUCCUGACUUUCGACGAGAUCGCCAAAAACAGAAUCGUAUGUAGAAAAUUCAACGAAAUCGGUAAAAAGAUGCUAUCCAGAGGUUUCGUACAGCUGGAAAAACGCCACUCCGGCAUUUACAAGAAAGUAAAAUCCCUAUUGCCGCGCAGAGAAUCCGAGCGACGCUCACAUCCUCUGGCGAGACAUUGCGACAUUUUACAAGCGGUCGAAACUAGAAUAAGCAUGCUAAAUAUGACGUAUGUCAAGUUCAUGGAGAACAAUUUAUUGUGUUUCAUACCGGGAAAGGUUCUAGACGAAAUGCGGACUGUUCUGUGUCUGGUAGAAAGCGAUCAAACACCACCUAGAACCCACCAAUUGCUGCAAGAGUUGAGAGACUUGAGCAGCAUGGCGAUGGAGCAUUUCGACGAACACAUACUUCCCAAAGUAAAAGAACAAGUAGACAGGAGAUCAGCUCUUUCGUACGGAUCUGUAGCUUCGAGUUCAAAAACACCAAGGUUGAUCCUCUCCCAUCAAUCGCUGUCCAACGAAAUACACAAGGUGAAGAAACAAAGCAAGACUCACAAGCACCACAUUUCGUAUCUGACUCAGAGCACACAAAAAUUAUUCCAGAAGCUGCGCAAACAGAACAUGCGCAUCAAGGCGCAAUCAUUGAAAAUUCGCGAACAAGAAAAGAAGAUCCAAGAGCAAAAUACGAAGAUCCAGGACCAGGAAGCGACGUUGGCCGAUUUCAAGAAGCACAUCGAAGAAUGGGACCAAAAGUACAAAGAUCUAACCGCCGAAUUAGUCAGAGCGAGAGAGGAUAUUCUAACGGCAACGUCGCAACGAUCGCCUACAGCGCCAACGCACAACGCGGCGACGGCGCGUUGCUUCAAAACCAACAUCAAACCUCGCACGUCUCAAGUACUGCCCAAGACGUAUUCAUCAAAUUUGAAUUUCGAUCUGGAUAGGAAAAGAAAGUCCAGUUUGAUACCGGAAAUACCUUUGAAGAGGAAUAGGGCGCCAGAAAGUGACGUCAAGGAGGCGUUGAAUUUAAAAAUUCCCGAUUUGUUGAAUUUCAGAAACGACAUCAAUAAGACUGACGUCAAAGAGGCGGAACCAUCGAAUUCUCGAUUCACCAAAAGCGAUAUGGAAUCGAUAAUCGAGACGAUACUCAGCAAUCCUUUCAAUUGCAUCAAAAAUCGCAAAAGGAAGAUGGCCGAGGAUAUCGAUUUGGAAUGA